AUGUAUGGGGACUCUGACGUCACGGGAUAUAACGACGCCCACGUGUCAUGUGUGGGGCUAGAGGAAGGGCCACGCGGGGAUCUAAAUGGGGCUUUCACGUUCAGAGGUACCAGGGACUCAUUUAUUGCACUGACAAACAUAACGGGCCAGACAAAUUCUGCAUCGGUCCUAGUCUCUUUUCUUCCUGAAUGCGACGAGUUGAAUGCAACAUGCAGGGUAUUAACAUUGCAGAAGCCGAGCAAUAAAAACUCUGAAAUUCACAACGACAGCAACAGUUACACUGUUAACAGAAGUGCUAGUUAUAAUGACAGCGAUGUGAAUGUCAACAACGCAAAUAACAUCAGUAGCAACAAUAUUAGAGGCACUGAAAUAACUCUAUCCAUCCAGCCCAUUCCCGAUAAUCCAGGUCUACAAGAGGUAGUCCUGCAAGUCAUCAAUUCAGCUUACAUUCUUCUGGUGUAUGCUCCCGUUCCGGUGCAGAAAUGGCUCAGUUUGGCGCUGACGUAUGACAACAAGAGUGUAGAACUCUGGAUUAAAGAGAACAGUUCGAACACAAUUUUAACACAACUUGUAAAAGUGGAGGUAGAUUUGACUGAUGACGUUGACGAUGACGAAGCAGGGAGAUAUGAUUUAUUGCUGGGAACAGCUGGACUGCAAGAUGAUUGCUGCGAUGAACUGUUUCAAGGACGCAUGUCAUGUUUGCAGUUGUACGAUACUAAACUAUUAAGUUCAAAACUGAGGGAUCAAAUGGAUUCUUGUCUUCCCCAACCACGAGGGCUAUGGCCCCUGUCUCCACUGUUUCAAAACCAGGAUCUGAGUGGAAAUCAAAACGAGGCUAGGCUUCAUUCAGUGAGAUCAUCGAACGAAUCACCGCACGAAACAAUUAAUGGAUCGAGCGCGUUUUUAGGAUCCCGCUCAUCUUACAUAGAAAUACAGAACAUUAUCUUAAAAGUAGAUAACACCAACAGCUUCAUUGUACUGGGCUAUGUAGCAUUAGAGAAAAGUAUAGUGUUUAGCCAAAACAACUCCAGCGUAAACGCUUCCGUGCCAUUAUUUGAAUUCCGGGAUAAUGAAUCCGGAAAAACAAAAAUGCAUUUAAUUGUGGACAAGGAACAAAGAAUAUCAUUGCUUUUAAAAGAUAAAAGCACUGCCCCACAAGAAGAACCUAAUGUGUAUCAGGUACAAAGCGCAACAACACUGAUAUUCGGUAAAUGGUAUUUUGUCGGAUUUUCUAUACAGAAAGAGGGAUCUUCUGAAAACGUAACUGUCAGUGUGUAUGUGAACGGCAAACAAGAUGCAGUAGUACGUGCAAAAAUUGAACAUACUGAGAUAAAAGGAAGUAUACUGUUAGGAUGUCACACGGAAGAAAAUUAUCAAGACGCAGUUAUUCCUUUUAUGGGCAAGAUGGCGUGUUUUCAAGUGUAUGAUGUCGCACUGACAGAGCGAGAAACUGAAGAAGCCAUGGGCGCUUGUGAUAUUGAAGGUGAGAAUGGGAGGGUUUUUGAUUUGGUUUCGAAUAUAUCUCCUACCAAACCCACAAAAUAA